UUCACAGACUCAGAAACAACUUUACAAACCUCAGGAGCAAGUAUGGACAGAGUCAAGUCUAGCAGCAGGGAGGUGAUGCAUGUUAAGGACCCUGGCUCCAGACACUUGUCCCAAGAAACAGUCCAGACACUGAUUCAUCAGUCUCAGGAGGCAAAGAAGCAAGCCUACUGUCCUUACAGCAAAUUCAGAGUGGGAGCCGCUCUCCUGACACAUGACAACUGUGUGUUUACAGGUUGCAAUGUGGAAAAUGCAUGCAACAAUCUUGGAGUGUGCGCUGAAAGGACUGCCAUCUCAAAGGCUGUGUCAGAAGGCUACAGAAGUUUCAAGGCUAUUGCAAUUGCCAGUGACCUGAAAGACCAUUUUAUCUCCCCAUGUGGUGGCUGCAGGCAGGUCAUGAGAGAGUUUGGGUCCAAUUGGGACGUGUACCUAUCAAAGCCUGAUGGUUUGUACAGGAAGAUGACUGUGGACGAGCUGCUGCCCGUCUCCUUCGGCCCCGAAGACAUGUCCAUGGAAAAAGUGUUUGACAUUCCUAACGAGUACUGAGCCCGCGUACUAGUACAAAAACACAUACAAGUGUUAGCUGUUUGAAUCGCCUCGACACAUACUGUGUUUCAUGUACAUGCUGAGCAGAAGUUUAUAUUUAUGGUAAAUAUUUGUUCCUGUGUUAUCUACUAAUUGUUAACAGUGUCAUGUUUAAAUUGAUUUUAUCUACAUUGAAAUUUUAAUAAAUGCAAAGUCUGGUAAAUUAAUUGUAAAGAUUCAUUAGUGAGCUAUUUAUGUACUUUAUCAUGCUCAAUGCUGUUUAUGUAGAUUUACAAAACAAGAAAAAAGAAAUGUAUUAGUUUAAAGAAGCGUGUGGGGAAAAAUGACAAAAUAUCAACGCCAGUCAUACUUAUCCACACAUUUUAAUAAAUAAACAGCUUUAAAAAGGA